AUGGACAACGAAGCCCGAGCGCCACCCGCUACCGCCGAAGUGGCUUCCUCCCCAGCCCCGAUUCCCUCCAGCUUGUUCUACGGCGUAGGUACCCCACAGUUGUCAAGUAGACCCCGCCUGCCCGAAUACACAGAAAGCUCACAGGGACAGGCACACCCACGACGCAGCCUGCCUGGCCGAAAAGGGGAUUAUCCGCUGACUGCCGAUGGAUUCUGGGAGAGAGUUGCUCAGGCUCUUCAGUCGCGGACUGCCAAGUGCCAGCCUGUGUUUCCAGAACCUGACGCCCGUGGCUCAGGUCAGUGCGAUCGCCCCCAAGCGAGUCCCGCAACUACAGAUGAACAGGAGCUGCAGCUUGAAGCGCCUGGAGAAAACUGUUCCUUUCGUGGCAAUUCCGACGGAGCAGAUGGACCGACAGCAUGUCCGCGUCAGACACAGACUCCGAAGGCAUCUCUCCGUACUGCGGCAAACGGCGACGGCAAUGACGUCCAGCGCGCCGUCGGAAACUCGGCGGACUUGGUCUGCCCGAAGCGCGGUGGCCGUUCGGGGGAUGCAGCCACGGACUUUCCUGCUUUUCCGCGGUAUCCUGUGCAGGUUUUCCGGAAGCAAGAUGCCGCCCUCGCAGUGCUGCGUGGCUUGCCACAAAACUUGAGAAACUUGUUCGGCCUGUUUGCGCAGGAAAUUGCUGAGAAGGGUGUCCGCCGGUACCUCGUCGCUUCCUACAGAGACUUCGUUGGAGGCUAUCUAAAGAUGGUUCGGUCCCAGACACAGAAUCGGCAUCUGUACGAAGUGCUCAUGGAGGGCCAACCUUGCUGGCUGUACUUCGACGUGGAGUUUUCCAAAGCGUUGAAUCCGGAGAUCAAUGGCGAGGACGCGGUUGCUCUCCUAAAGACCUUGCUAGUGAAGUUCCUCAGGGAACGGUUCGCUUUUCCCCUCCGAAACAGCGACAUCGUCGACCUCGAUUCGUCCACCCAGGACAAGCUGUCUAGACAUUUGAUUGUCAAAGCCGUCCGCGACCGAGAAGCCGACAUCGGGAACCGUUCGACGAGCCACGAAACCUGCGCUCUGUGGCUCGUGAGGGGGGAGGACAGGCGGAGCGAGGGACGGGGACGGGAGGAGCAGGAAGGGUGGGACAAGGAUGACGAAGAGACUGAAGAGAAAACAGCGGACGAGACAGGUGACGAAGAUGGAGGAGAAACGCAUGAGCGAAGGGGACAAGCGGGCGACGCGCGGACGGAACGGAGAACAUAUGUGUUCAGCGCAAACGUCGGGGUGGAGGGUCGGAGGAGCAGGCGUCCGCAAGAAACUGCCUGUCGACAGGAGUCACAGCAGACUGGUGGGGAAAUGCAUGGAGAACAGUGUAGAGACACAGACCAUGACGCUCUCUCUCUUGCUGUCAGAUCUCAUCACUCACGUGACGUCUCUACCAUCCACAGGCCGUCAUUGGCUGCCUGUGGCGCUGCACUUUCAUGUCCUCCUCCACCGUGUUCCGUAUUCUUCUCUCCUUGCUCUUCGUCUUGCUCUUCUUCUUCUACCUCGUCCUCUUCGUCCUCACCUUGCUCUUCGUCUUCGGCUUUUUCUUCAUCUUCUUCCUCCUCGUCACCCUCUUCGUCCUCUUCUUCGUUCUUCUCCUGUGCUUUGCCGGCGUGCGUCUCUCGUUCUUCCUCACCUUCAUCGUCCUCUUUCUCAUCUUCCUCCUCCCCAACCUCUUCCUGCUCAUUGGCCUCUCCUUCUUCCUCCUCAUCUUCCUCGGCGUCUGCUCUUUCUUUUUUAUCCACCUCUGCCUCUUUUUCUCCCCCUUUUUCGUCUUCUUCCGCAUGUUCUCCUCCGUCUUCGCGUGUUGACGGCGAUCGUCUUUCCGACGGAAGUCAAGCAGACAGAGAACCUGACGUGGUUGAAGAUGGGGAGACGGAUCUCCCGCGAACGCAUGCGUCUGCAGCGAAACUGGGAGAGAAUGCCAAGCUGCCACACGGCGAGAGGGGGAAGUCACUCCCGACGAAGACAGGAAAUCCGCGAGGAGACACUCCGUCUGCCAUCGGCGCUUCCACGCGAUCGUCGGAAAGCUGGGCGUCUACCGAGGAAGCCGAAGCUGAUUUUUCCUCAGCUUCCGACGACCGUCGAAGUCCUUCUCCUUCACACACGGUGCCUAACCACGCGUCACCUCCUUCCAGAGUUCCAGGUGUCAAUGCACCGCCCCCGUCUACCGCGUUCCAGGACGCGCGCCAGGUGGGUCGCUUCGUGGAUCUUUUCAUCACGUUUUUGAUGGAGGAACUGGAGCAGGCGCGAGUGCGAGCAGAGCGAGAAGAAGUGCAGAAUCGCGAGGAGGGAGAGCCCGCACAAGGUCGAAAUGGAGACCGGGAAAGGACGAACGAAGAACAUGCAUCGAACUCGCACUCUGAGGAUGAGGUCGAGAGAAAACCACGCACCGAGGGCAAAUCUCUGCUGCCUAGGAACACAGAACUCCCGAGAAGUCCAGUCGAUGGACAAGCUGGCAAAGAGGCAGAGCAAAGCAGAGAGGCGAAGAUCGGCACACCGAGAGACGAGGAAGAAGGACACUCCAGUGUCUCGACAGCGAAGAGUGGAGACGAGAAGCGAGACGCAACGAGGACCUUCGAUCAGUUCGAGAGAACUCCAGAGACGCCACUGCGUGACGAGAACAUGACAACUCGUGUCGCGAUGGAGAUGACUGACCAGAAGGAAGCAGGACGAGAAAAACCUUUGACAUAUCGAUCUCUACUUCAGCUGUUCCCUAGAGUGUCUCCAGACGACGAACGCUCGAGCAUCAUCGACGUCUCUGUGUAUUCGCGGAACCGCUGCUUUCGGCUGCUUCACUCGAGCAAGUUCCAGAAGCAUGCAUUUCUGGAGGUGAGCCCGGCAAACGAGUUCCCCUUGAGCAGCGAUGAACGCGUGGCGCUGCUGCGAUCUCUCGUCUCUCUCGUCCCGCCGGCGAUGCCGCUCUUCCAUCAUCGUGAGGAGGCACGAUGUACGUACACCGGAGACGGGUGCCGAGAUGCGUCUCCAGUAGGUCCAGGUUUUACGGGGGAGGCCUGCGAGGAUCCGUUCGACUCCUCGCUUUAUCCUCUCCCCGGUUCGCUUAUCGACCCGAGCCCAUUCAUCAACAUGAAGGAGCGGCGACAUUCAGAUGUUUCCUCCACAUUCUCAAACACCUGCGUGUCUAUUUCUGGGAUCGGCGCCGAGCGUCUCGCGUCCAGCGCAACGCCCCUCGCCUUGAAUUCGAAUUUGCGGAUUCUCCGUCGCGGCGGAGAAAGCAGCAACGGGGCCAUCGAGAAGGCCAAGGCCGAGAGACGCCCGUCCUACAUCUCUGAACUCAUACGCUUCGCUGUGCAGGUGUGGGAUGGCAAGCUUGAGGCGUACAGACUCUGGAUGCGUGGGGAAGGAUGCAGGAAAGCCGCAGACGCCGUUGGCUUUCUCUCGCAAGGAGAGAACUGCCAGGCAGGGGGGUUUCACGGUUCCCGUUCUUCACACGACUCCGCUCGCAGCUCUGAGCUGGAGCGGCCGUGUCGCUCGCGGCCGGUCUGUUUGUAUGGGAAGUGCUUCGCCGGCGAAAGAGAGUUUCCAACGCAGGCCGCGACCAGCUCUCUGGGCCUGCCCAGAAAGCUGCGGAGGCUCAGCGAAAUGCGGAGCGACGGAGACGGGAAGUGUGGCUGGGAGCUGAGUGGGAGAGACGUCGCGGACUUGCUUCGAGAAAGAGAAGCACUUGUGAACAGAGAGCAGCAGACAGAAGUCGCCUCUUGUCUGUUCUUCAGUGCCACGCAAACGGCUGUCGUCACUCUCAAAGGCAACCGCUUCUGUGAGCGCAUAGGCAGGCCUCACAAAUCGAACUCUGUUUCGCUGGUUCUUCUCCCAGAAAAAGGCUGUUUUUAUCAAAAGUGUUACGAUCCAGACUGCCAAGGAUUUCGGUCGCCUCCCGUUGCCUUUCCGCCGCACCUUCAUGGCUUGCAUGAGGCGGUGGAAGACUUGGCGUCUGUCGUCGUCCUUGAAGACAAAGACGAAUCUGAAGUCAGUGACGCUUUUCUUCGAAACUGGGAUUCGUCUCGCAUCGAAAAGGACGACCGUUUUGGACUCGCGGAUACCUCUUCUCUACACGAAGAAGUCGAAGGUGUUGGAAUAGACAGCGGAACGCGACAAACACAUCGAACUGUGAGCGACCAGGAAACAGCCAGAGCGCCAGAAGGGGGGACAGCACACGCGAGACAAACCAGCGAGACGAGGGGAUUCUUACAAGACGGGAAACACGCGUUGGGAUGUACGGAACGGAAAGACGGCGAUUUAGACUUAGACGACAUUUUGGCCGCGGUACCAGUGUGAAGAGAGGAUGGUGAGAACGCGUGCAAGAAGACGAUCCGGUAAACAAUGACCGUGAUGGUGUAACUCAGGACUCCAACUCGUCGCA